AUGCCAACCCUACACGUUCAACCCACGCGGAGAUGGUAUCUAAUAACUCUUCCUCCCCUCUCUCAAUCAGUAUCGAAAAAUUCUCCCACGUCAGAUAUACAGACUCGCGCGGAAUCCCUUUUACGAGAUGAAAACACAUUAUAUGAGAAAACCAACACAUUAUCCGCCUCUGAUCGCUCGUUCUAUUCAUCUAUGUUAAAAUCAGGCACUUUAAAAGAUAAAAUUUCGACAUUGUGCGUUUUAAUAGAUGAAUCUGCAAUCCAUACCGUUAAAUCUUUAGACAUGUUGAUGGGAAUGGUGAGGAAAAAGAGUCGACAUGAGGCUCUGUUGGCGUUGGAGAGUAUGAAGAAUUUGAUGAUCGAGACUUUGUUGCCGGAUCGGAAAUUAAAGUACUUUCGUGAUCAGCCUCUUGGAGAUCCCAAGGUAACAUCGUCGCAUUUAAUAAUUUGGGCUUUUGAGAACCAUCUCAAGACGUGCUAUUUCGAGAUGAUCCGUGUUAUCGAGGCUCUUUCACAUGAUGUGUUAGUGCAUGUUCGUCAGCAAAUGCUCGAAUUUAUAUUUGAACUAUUACGAGAGAAACCUGAACAAGAACAGAAUCUCCUCAAGCUAUUUAUCAAUAAACUGGGAGAUCAAGAUAAGAAAAUUGCGUCAAAGGCGUCAUUCCUGGUUCAGAAAUUACUAGAGGUCCACCCAAACAUGAAAAUUUUUGUUGUGCGCGAGAUAGAACAAUUGAUCCUUCUCCCAAACGCUAAUGCACAUGCUCAAUAUUACGGGAUUUUGUCAUUGAGUCAGCUGAUGCUAAACAAAAAGCAAGUCGAUGUAGCGAACAAGCUGGUUGAUAUAUACUUUGCAAUGUUUCGAAAACUAUUGGGUAUCAAUGCCAACAAUGAGAAUGAUGGUAACAAGAAGAACAAGAAAUCCAAGGACGUGAAGAAGGGAAAAACGUCUGGGAGUAAAGGAAAGAAAGCGAAUAAUAACGAGAAUAAGGCAAGUCUUUACGUUGAAGAAGAGUCAUUGAAUUCAAAGAUACUUGCUGCUGUAUUGACAGGCGUCAAUCGCGCGUUUCCGUUUGCAAAAAUUGACGAUAAAGUGUACGACAAAAACAUUGAUACGCUUUUUCGAAUCACGUACAGCGGAACUUUCAACAUAAGUAUUCAAGCGCUUGUAUUGAUAUUUCACAUAAGUUCAGUUAAAGAGUCAGUAACGGAUCGUUUCUACCGAACGUUAUACGAAUCGCUACUAGACCCACGUUUAAUAACUACAUCGAAACAAGCAAUGUAUAUGAAUCUACUCUUCAAGGCACUCAGGGCUGACAAGUUAUUAGCGAGAGUGAAAGCCUUUGUAAAAAGAAUAGUACAAACAGCAGCUCAUCAUGAACCACCGUUUAUUUGUGGCGUAUUUAUAUCAUUGUCAAAGCUUAUUCAAGAAAAACCUGGUUUAAAAGCAAUGAUGCUCCAACCAGAGGGUUAUGACGUCCAUGACAUUGUAUUGGAGUCGAAAACUAAAAAAUCAAAGAAACGAACUAUCACUGAUGUCGAUGCUGAUGUGAGCAACACCCCCGAUUCAUCUUCUUUGAAAUACGAUCCUCAUAAACGAGCUCCUCAGUAUAGUAACGCGGACAAGACGUGUCUAUGGGAAUUGUGCCCGUUCAUUGACCACUUUCAUCCAUCUGUAUCCCUAUACGCAACACAACUUUUAGAUGGAAUUCAAAAUACUACCGAGCCGGAUCUUCAACUUCACACGCUAUCACAUUUCUUGGAGAGAUUCGUCUACCGCAAUCCUAAAAAGAAGGACAUGAAAGAGACAGUUGCGAUUACGAAUAAAGCAUCAACAAGUGCGAACAUGGAAGUCAAUGUUAAUUCAGAAGAAUUCUGGAGAACAAAGAUUGAAGAUGUGCCUGUCGACCAGAUAUUUUUCCAUAAAUACUUUACGCAAAAGUUGUCUUCCGAAGGCGUAACUCGAAAGAAAAAGAAGGAACGAAAGGUCGCGGAUAAUGAUAAAGAAACAGAUUCGGAGGAAGAAGAAGAAAUAUGGCGAGCUAUUGUUGCUGACAGACCUGAAGAUAAGCGUGCAAAGAUAAAAGUAGACACUGCUGAAUCACAAUCCAAAGGUAAACGCAAGAGCAAACGACAAAAAUUGAAACACCUGCCUACAUUUGCUAGCUUUGAUGAUUAUGCGAGCAUGCUUGAUGAUUAA